AUGAAUCCAUCGGAGUCGCAGCAGAAUCUUCUCGCGAACGAAACAACAGGGAGAGCACCGUCGAUGCAAUCUUUAAGUCCGCCCACGGACUACAUUCUUGGCCCAGUUGAGAAGCACUUCCUGCUCAGCGCGGAACGAGGUGAUUGUGCCACUGUCAAAAGAUUGUUGGAAGAGAACAAGGAUCAUCCGGAGAUCCUCAACAUUAAUUGCGUGGAUCCUCUCAACCGAUCUGCUCUGAUUGCCGCCAUCGAGAACGAGAAUGUUGAACUUAUCAGGCUGCUUCUCGAAUUAGGCAUUCACGUGAAGAGUUGGGAAGCCGUCGACAGGUCAUCAUCGAACUUUACACCGGAUAUAACACCACUGAUCUUGGCAGCGCAUAAGAACAAUUACGAAAUUUUGAAAAUCCUGCUGGAUCGUGGCGCCACGCUGCCCACCCCUCAUGACGCCAGAUGCGGCUGCGACGAGUGCGUGACAUCCAGCGAACAGGACUCGUUGAGGCAUUCGCAGGCGCGGAUAAACGCGUAUCGCGCGCUCACAUCGCCGUCUUUAAUCGCUUUGUCAUCGAGGGAUCCUCUUCUGACCGCUUUCGAACUCUCCUGGGAACUACGUCGGCUGAGUCAAAUGGAACAAGAGUUUCGUUUCGAGUAUAACGAGAUGCGAGAGCAGACGCAAAUUUUCUCACAGUCUUUGUUGGAUCAUGCUCGCACGUCUCUGGAAUUGGAGAUAAUGCUUAAUUACAAUCCUCACGGCGACAAUUGGGAGCCUGGUGAACGACAAACCUUGGAUCGGCUCAAGCUUGCUAUCAAGUACAAACAAAAACAGUUCAUCGAGAUCGGAAAGCUCGGAGCGAUGUUCCCGGUGUACAGCACGAUCUACAUGCUCUCGCCAACGUCUCCGAUGGGUCUGUUCAUGAAGAAGCCUUUUGUCAAAUUCAUCUGCCACUCUUCUUCCUACGCGUUCUUCUUAAUGCUUCUCGGAAUGGCGUCGCAGCGUAUCGAGUACUUGGCAAUCGAAUUAUUCGGCAACGAUUGGAUGCUCGAGAUACUGGCUGGAUGGAAGAGACGGGAACGUGGAUGCAUCCCAGGCUUCGUCGAAUCCGGUGUCAUCAUCUACGUAAUCAGCUUGGUUGUCGGGGAAAUAAGAUCAUUGUGGGCGGAUGGGUUGCUGGAGUACAUAUCGGACCUUUGGAACAUAGUGGACUUCAUUCAGAAUAUGUUUUACGUGAUUUGGAUAAUGCUAAGGGUAACCGCGUGGAUUAUUGUUCAGAGGGAAUACUGGAGUGGCGUAGAUCCUUGGUACCCCAGAGAUCAAUGGCAUGCCUUUGAUCCCAUGCUUCUUUCGGAGGGUGCUUUUGCUGCUGGUAUGAUCUUCAGUGUGAACCCCCAUCUUGGACCACUUCAGAUUUCUCUGGGCAGGAUGAUAAUAGACAUUAUCAAGUUCUUCUUCAUCUAUACUCUGGUGUUGUUCGCCUUCGGCUGCGCUUGUUCGAGACGUCACAAUCGCUUUUCUGGGCCAGUUUCGGCAUGAUAGACUUGAUGUCGUUCGAUCUAACUGGAAUAAAGAGCUUCACCAGAUUCUGGGCUCUCCUCAUGUUCGGCUCUUACUCCGUGAUAAACGUCAUCGUGCUAUUGAACAUGCUCAUUGCCAUGAUGUCUAAUUCCUAUCAAAUCAUCUCGUGCAAAGGGUUGAAUUCACAGGAAAGAGCCGACACCGAGUGGAAAUUCGCCAGGAGUCACUUGUGGAUGAGUUACUUCGAAGACGGAGAUACAGUGCCUCCACCAUUCAAUAUGGUUCCAACUGGCAAAACGUUCGAGAAGAUCAUCAAGUGCGGGAAGAACGAGCGGCAAACCAGAUCUUUGAUUAAAAAGUCAAGGGAAAAGGCUCUGGCGAGACACGACACGGUGAUGCGAUUGCUCAUCAGACGUUACGUGACCGCGGAGCAAAGGAAACGAGACGAGUUCGGUAUCACCGAGGACGACGUUAUGGAAAUCAGGCAGGACAUUUCCACGCUGCGAUACGAAUUGAUUGAUAUCCUCCGACAGAAUGGGAUGAGAACGCCGGCGCUCGACAAACAAGACGCUGCGCUUUCCGGUAAGAAGGGACGCGUGAUGGAACGUCGGCUCCAAAAGGACUUCCAAAUCGGUAUAGUGGAGGGUAUCGUGAACGCUGUGAUCCAGAGUGAGAAAGAACCUAAGGACGUGUUCAGUCAAAUUGCAAAGGCAAUCGGCCGCAAGAGUAGCGGAAGUAAGAAGAAAGACUGGAACGCUAUGGUCCGGCAGAACACGACUAGCAAGGAUCCGAUUGGCAGCACGACCGAGGCCACGAUGAAACAAACACGGCGCAGUAUACGUAGACAUUUGCAACAUAGCCCGAAUUCGGACUUGGCCUCGCUGGAUCCUAAUCGUCUAGUCGAUUACAAUCCUAACUUGUCGGAAGUGACGCCGACCACGAGGAUCGCCUACGCGAAAUUCAUGAUGGGUCGGUCAAGACCCGUUAAGGCAGAGGAUGGUGAAGUUAAGAAUGAAGGAGAGGGAUCGCAGAAGUCCGUACGAAUCGCAGGCGAGCCGAGCAGCCGCCCGACGUUGAAGAAGAGCCUGUUGAAAUCUAUGAGCAGCGGUAGCGUGGACAAAGCUGGUGAGAAAGCAGGUGGAACGGAAGUGAGGGCACCGUCGCCGAUUCCGGAGGACCCGAGGGAGGACAACGCCGAGAGGUCACCUCAGGGUAAAGCUACCCUCGCGAAGAAACCCUUGGAUGCGAAACCGUCGUCGGAGCAGCAAGAGGACAAGACGAAGAGCACCGACGACGAGGAAAAGAAGAAGAAAGAAGAGGAAGAGAAGAAGAAGAAGGAAGAGGAAGAGAGGAAGAAGAAAGAAGAUGAAGAGAAGAAGAAAAAAGAGGAAGAAGAGAAGAAUCAGUCGAGCAAAGAUCCGCCGAAAUCCGCGCCGCAGGAAGACAACGUCCCUGUAGCAACGACAAAAUUAAGAGGGAAAUCGAAGGCAACUGGCCAGAUAAUGGGCGGUUGGAUAUAA